GAUGAUGAGCAGCUUGGUGGUUUAAGCUCCCUUAUAAACACUUCUGGAUCUGCUACAAUUCCUGUAUCAUCUGACUGUGUCAAUCUGCCUAUCUCUUCAAUGGCACAAAAGAGUAUGAAAACGAUUUUGAAGCCACCAAAAAAGAGGUAUAUUGUUAAUGGAGAGUUCAAGUGCCAUUCAGAAGUUUCACCUGUUGAUGACAGAGAUUAUCAAACGCAGAAUGCAUGUUCAGCGUUGCUGGAACUUGCAGAGAUAUGUACCAGCAGUGCAGCACGGGAAAACUCAUCUAUUAACUUUGAUUCAGAUGAACAAGUAAAAGAUACAAAAACAUAUGUUUCAUGCGGUGCAAUUAAAAAUAAGUAUUCUAUUACCUGUUCCGAAUCUUCUGCUAAUUCUGCACCUGGGUCUUUGCCAUGUCCAGUACUUUGCAGUUUACAGAAGCAAGAAGGAAAUGUACAAAAUCUGUCUUUCACUUCAGGUUCUAGUAAUUCUAGUGAUAAUUUUCAUAACAGGACUAGAAAUAUUCAACAAGAGCAACCACUUGAUUUGUGUAAGAACAAAGGCAAAACAAUAACUACUAGCCAUCAACAGCUCAUUGAUCAUUUUGUUGAUAAAUUUUUAUGUGAUACUCCUGCAUCUCAAAGCAACUAUUAUAAAUCAGCUAUUAUUGAUCCUGCAUUUUGUAAAAUGUUGUCAGAAAAAAGUGCCAGCGACUGUUCAACUUCCAAAGAUGGUAAGACUAACCAUACUGCAUUUACUUUAUCUGUUGCUAUUGAAUCUGCAGUAGAUAAAGCAUAUAGCAAGGAUUUUUCAAAAUCUUGCAAUUCAAAUGUGCCAGAAUCUAGUGCAAUUGUUGAACAUAUCACAAAAGAUGACUGCAAAUUUAAUGUGCAGAUGGAAACAGACAUCAGUGUACUUGGAAAAUCUCUUGUCUGUGAUGAUGAAAAGGCAUCUAAAUCAAAUGAAGCAAAAAUAGAGAGUACACAAAGUUUUGAUAGUAAAAAUUUGAAAAACUGUACAGAUUCAGCUCCUUCGGGGAGCAUAAAUAAAUUAUCUAGCAAUCAGGUAUCUAAAUCAGAAUCAAGAAUGUGUUCUGAAGUCACCGAAAACAGUAGUAGUAAGUUUUUUUGUAAAUUAGUGUCACCUCCAAAGAAAUCUCGUGUGUGGUGUAACAUUUUUAUGAAUGAACAGCUAAAAAAUAAUGUUGAGAGCAACUCUGGUGUUGCCUGUGGUGUAGUAUCUAAUUUAGCAUCUCCAGCAAGACGGAGCUCUCAACGAACUUGUAAGGGUCGGCGAUAUCAGGCACUUAUAACUGAGGGUCUUUUGCAAUCAUCCAAGGAACGGAAAACAAGCAAUAAUAGAAAAUCUGUUCCUUCUAGUGAAAAGGUAAAAAGUAAAAGCAACUCAGUUACUGAAAAUAAUGUGUUCCCUUUCUCAAAGAAGAAAAAGAAAAAAGAAUACACAGACAAAAAUAAAAGUAAAAGAAGUGAAAUACAAGAAUCAGGGGAAAGUUUAUUUAAUCUAGAGGAAAAAAUAGCAUCACUUCCAAAAUGUAGCUUUGAACAUCUAGAUAAAAAGAAGAAAAUAAUGUUAGAAAGUAGUGCAAAUACCAUUAAACAACAGAAGACUAAUGCUUCGGCUGCUGCUGCAUCAACUGAAAUUUCUUGUACGUCAUCCUAUGCAACAGAAUGGACACCUGUGUCAUCUAGUGGGAGAUACAAAACAGGGUAUUUUUGUUCUGCCAAGAUCUGUGAUCAGGAGACAAUUUGAUAUUAAGUGCAAAUUCACAGGAACUGUUUAUGGUGCAAAACAUUUGCUGCAUUUCGCAGAAAUAUACAGUAAAACCUUCUUCUCUUAAUGCUGUACUUCAAAAUAUUCAUCAUGUUCUGUUGCAUAAAGUUGUCAUAUCCGGGAUGCAUUUUGUGUGAAUACUUAUUCAACUCUUUUGUAAAAGAACAUAGUUUUUGUCAGACAUGCAAUACAAAGCAAGCAAUCUUUAUAAUUUGUUCCUGAUUUUUAUAAAAUCCAUUUAAAUGAAAAAUAAUUAUUUAUGAACAAUUCACUACCUGUUGUGUUUUGCAUCAAAAAUAUUUAAUGUAUUGUUAUUUUUUUGCACUGUUGUUUUACACAUUUAGGUACAAUCAGUUUUGUUAUAUUAAAGAAAUUUAUCAUUUAUGGGAAGUGUAUGUAAGUUAUUAAAAGUCUUUGUCUUUUAAUUAAUUAUAUAGUUUGUGACCUUUUUUGUUUAUGCAGCUCCUGUGUAAAUCGUAAACAGUUAUGUAUGAUUUAUGGCAUAUUUUCCUCUAAAAAGCUUGUUAAAAUUUGUGAAAAUAUUUAUUUAGUUUUGCCAACUUAAUAAUUAUAGUCUAAAAAUACAGUGAAACCUUCUAAGAUGACCAUCCUUUUUGCAGUCAAUUUCGGUCUUCUUUGGAGAUGGUCGCCUUAAAGUACCGGUGUUUAUACUGUUAAGAAAUAUUGGUUCACUGUGUGUGUAUAAAAAAAGAGAGAAUGUAUGCUGUAUUAUAUUUGUGUGAUAUACACUCUAAAUAUAUAUAUAUAAUAUAUUAAAUACAUAUGCACACAAUCAUAUAUAUGUGUGUGUGCACACACUCAUGUAGUUGAGUCCUAAAAUAUGCAAGUUUGAACUGUGUUAGUCCACUUAUGUGCAUUUAUUUUUAAUGCAUUGGAAAUUUUUUUUUUAGAAAUUUAGAAAAAUAAUGAAAGAUUAGCAGGCAAACUUAUUAAAGAAAUCAUUUUACAAAUUUAGGUGUGUUGUGAGGUCAUGUUGUAAUCAUAUUUCCGCUGUAUUCUUGUUAGUGCAUGGAUGUGUGCACCUUUGAAUAAUUUUUACAUCCCCUUUUCAUUUCAGAUUUCUAAUGGUUGUAAUAGCCUAAUAUGUACAGUGUUAUAUUUUUUUAAUUCUGUAACGCUUUACAAACAGCUGAAUCAACUUGGAAACAGAUGAUCUGAACUUAUGGGAGAGGUAAAUGCAGUACGUUUCUGUGGAUGCAGUUACUCUUCAUGACUUCCCCUCUUAAACCAUUUUUCUUUUCUGUAGCUUCCUUUAUUGUGAGAUUAUGCAUGUUGUAUAGCAUAUAAAAUGCAUACUGUAAUCUACGCUAGGCUUUUGAUAGGAGAGGCAAAAAUUAUUUAUGGGUUUGUAACUGCAAACUGGACAAUCAAAUCUUUUAGCACGCAUGAGAGAAAGUGUGGUAUAUGUAUAUAUACUGUACUAAAAUCAUGCCAUUUCAUAAAUAAUUUUUGUUUGAAGUGUCACAAUUAAUGUUGUAAAUGCAAAUUUUUGAUAAUUUGAUUGAAUGAUUUUAAUAAAAUAUCUUGGUUUAAGUAACUUCCUAUUUGCCAUAGUCAUAUCAGUUUAGGAAAUGUUUGUGGUGAUCUGAAGAGUUGCUGUAAAAAUGCACUGAAAAUAAUAUAUGUAGCAGUGAAUACAAAACAGCAGGAAAUUAAAUUUAUGCAGACAGUAUAUUAGGAAAAUCAUGGGAUAACAUUUAGUAAAAUUUAAAAUGUUCUCGGUUUGCCAGGCAUCUUUACUAGCUGCAAAUACUUUAUCCUUAUCCCAUUAAAGAACAGUAGAGAUCAACUUGACAAAUGGGGACUAAAAUUUCUCAGCUUGGUGUUGAUUAAUAAAACAAAAAUUUUACUAAGAAAAAUGGAAGUUUAUUUCCUUACUAGUAACAAAAUUUUAUUUAAUGUUUUUACUAACAUGUCCUUUAAAUGGUCAAAAACACUACAUUUUUGCCAAAAUUUCAAUUUUUAUUGCUGUUUUCUGGUAUAAAACUGUAUUAUAUUAAGCAAAUAAUUUUAAUAAACAGUAUUUCUAAAUGGAAGUAUUAAUAAAAUGUUUAAGCAGUAGUUCUCAUGUGAAUUUUAUGCCUGAAAUGCAGUGCUAAGAGUGGGCUAAUUGCUCUGUCCACAAGUAAACUAGUUCAUUGACACAGUGUUUAUGUUUAUAACACUGUAAAUAUGUACCUAUAACUAUGUGCAUCGUUUUAUUCAUUCUCUGAAGUAGAUUAGUAUUAGUUGCUCCCAUCUUUAUGAUAAAAGUUUUAAAAAAAUGUGUGUAUAUAAUAUAUGUUAUCUUUUGCAUAUUCUUUCAUUUCUUAAAAGAGCGUUUUGUAACACAUAAAUUAAUGUUAUUCUGCCUCAGGCUGAUUGAAAAUCGUAUAUUUUUUACAGAAAUGUAUCAUUUUACAUGCAUUUUUUUUUCCUUUGUUAUUUGGUUUGCAAUUUCCUAAAGCACAUAAUAUUACUGCCAUGUUUUACAACUGUGUUUCUGAACCUUGAUAUUACUGAAAUAAAGCUAUAUUUAGGUUAUAUAUAUAUAUAUAUUCUUUUAAACCUCACAUUUGCUGUAUUCCUUAUGUGAAGUCCUCUGAAGGUACUCAUUUUUCAGUAUCAUUUCUGUUUGCAAAUGUGUUGCCAGACUUUCAAUCCUCUUGCUGAGAACAGACUUGUUUUGUAGCUGUUUGCUCAUGAGUGGUGUUGUUUGAUACUGAAUUGUGUUACUGUUAGUUAUGGUGCUUAGUUGUUGCAUAAUUUUUUUUUUUCUUUCGAAUUUUCAUGUUUCUGUGUGUGGGCAUAUUCUUCUUUAAUUCUUUUCUGCAUAUAAUUUUUUUAAAGUUUUGUGGCAUUUUAUUGAAUGCUGUAUGCAAUAUGUUUGUAAUGAAAAUGCUCAUUAAUGUUACAAAAUGCUACAUAUUAAUUAUAAAAUUUAUUUUAAUUCAGUAAUCUCUGCCUUUUUUAAUUAUUAAAGCUAGUCAUUUUUUUUUAAACAGCAGAUUAAAAAAAUUUAGUACAUAUGCUGCUUGAAAAAGAAGGUUUUUUUAUUAAGAUUGCACUUGUUUUCAAAUUCACUUAGUUCCCUCUUUCAUAAUUUUUUUAAAAAAAUUUUCAAGCAUAUAUGCUGAUGUUUGAUUUUAAAUUUUACUUGAACUUAAGUUUUGAAUUAAAGUAUCAAUGAAAUUAUUUAAUAUAAUAUAUUAAAAAUAUACUAAAAAAAGAAUUUGUGUAAAAACCCUCAUAUAACAUGGAGGUUCCUAGGGACAUACAGCAUGGAGGUUCCUUGCUAUUUUAAACAAAUCCAUUUUAUGUGAAGUUAUAAAAAUAAUGUAAAAUUAACAUAAAGUUUACUAGAAUAUACUGUCUUGCUUUUUUAUGUCAGACAUAUGUUUAACAUAAGUACCAAUCAUUAAUAAGAUGUUAAGUAUGCUAAAUACAUUAAUGCUAAACUUCCUACUUAAUUUUCUGGUAUUAUUCUUAUAUUAAAUAUUUUUUUCUUUGUUACGGAACAUCAGAUAAUAUCUAGAUUUUUAGUGAUCUCUUUUCUCUGCCUUCCCUUUUUUAAAGUAAUUUACUUGUCUUAAUAUUUCCUCCCAUUUUUCAGAUGUAAUUCAGUACUGAAUUUAUGUCUCAAGAAACUGAGUUUAUAUAUAUUUUAGAUUUUAUUAAUGCACAAACUAUGCAUAAAGAAAAAUGCCAGGAAACUUAAAAUGUGUUUGAUGGACUAAAUUUUAUUGCAUUUUUUGAAUUCUUAUGUUGUAUUAGAGUGAAAGUAUGUUUUAAGUAUAUUAUGUUAUGGGGAAUACAAUAUAAUAUGCUUUGUCAUCUGGAAUUUUGUGUAUGGAGAGAUGAAAAGCAGAAUUUUUAUUCUAUAAAUUUUAAUCUAUUGGUUUGUUUGGAAGCAUAAAUUAUUGUAGAUGCUGAAAAGUUCCUUCUCACAUUCCAUUCAAUUUUUAGUAUCUAGUCAUGUGUAAGGGCAGUAAUGCUGCUGAUUAAGGUUAUACUGGUGCCUUAAACUGUUUUCCUACCCACUUAAGUAGUGAAAAUGUUGAUAUCUUUAAAAAUAUUUUUUUGGAUGAUGGGUUGUUUUUGGUGAAAUUGAAAGUCACCUCUCAAAUUAUUCUAUACACAGCAUUAGUAGGUUGAUACGAAAAUCUCUAAAGAUAUAAAUUUUUGAAUUCAUGCCUUUAGCUGCCAAUACCUUAUGAAUAUGUAUAUACCACAGACUUGCAAGUUUUAUAUUUUGAAAAUUAGAGAUCGUGGUUAUAUUUCGCAUAUAAUUACUUUAUUGGAAAACUAUGAAAUAAUGCAGAGUACCAUCCCGACAUCAAAAUCUAUUACUUAUUUUAAUUAGACAGAAUUUUUCAAAAAUUUAUUAAAAGUUGAAUGAAUUGUUUUCAAAAGGGUAAAUGAAAAUCCUUUGUCUUUUGAUAAAAACCUAAUUUAUUUCUGUGUUAUUUUUUUGUCAAAUUUUUUCUCUUAUGGUUUCUGAUCAUAUCUGAACUCAUUUUAAUUUGCUGUGCUGUUGUUUAUUAUGAAUAUUUUAUCAUAUUUAUCUUGAUAUUCUUUGUUUUUUAUUUUUUAUUUGAGGAAUGAACGAAAGGUUAAAUAAUUAUUUCAAAUUAUAAUGCUAAUAAAUGAAUAGUAAGCAGCUGGUAGGAUUGAAUACAAGGUUUUAAUUUCAUCAUUAAUGUUUAUUGUUAAUAUUCUGAAACUUAACAUUUUUAUAUGUUCGUUUACCUUUUGGAAAAUAUUCUCUUUAUUUUGCCAGGUGUUAUACUUCAUCCAAAAAAAUUCCUGUAAAUGAAAGAACUUUCAUUUUCCCCAUUGCAUUCAAAGGGCGUAACAGUAGUCAUGUAUCAUCAUUUGUACUUUGGGAUGUGCAAUGUUUGCAAAAAGAAACACAUGCAUUUUUAACCUUUUGCUCUCAGCGUAUUGACUUAUGUAGUACACCAACAACUUCAGCGUUAUAUUAGUUACAAGUGUACAUAUAUAACAUAAAAAAUAUGGUUGCUGUAAUGAAAUAAAAUAUUUGUACCUUAGCUACAUUAUAUAAAACAAAUUCAUAUUUAUAAAUCUUCAACAAAAUGAAAAUUUUAUGUUUUGUAAUUUGUUAAUAAUGUGAUAAUUUUCAAAACAAUCAUUCAUAUGCAUACAGGUUUUCCUGGCGUAAAUAAGAUUAACUUCACUAGUUUAGCUUGUUAUCUCUAACAAGCAUGUCACCAAAGCAGCAACAGUGGAUUUAAAGUUCAUUCUUGAAUAUCACAUUAUUGAUGGCAACGAAGUGCAAAGGGAUAAGUUUCUGAUUUACUUCUUUGACAAUGUAUUUGUAAAAAAGAUUAUUCGUGCUGUUUCAAGGGUUGUAUUACAACAAAAUUUUCAGCAAUAAAAAGCAGUGUUCAGCAUGACUAUAUAGCUAAAAGCAUAUAUAUAUAUAAGAAUAAAUAAUAAAGUUAAAUUAAAUUUAAAUAAUUCUCUUGUGCCAUUGCUGCAAGGAAUGAAAUUUGAAUUUAAUAAACAUUCUUUAUUCGUAUAAAUUUAAUUCUAUACAAAUAUAUGAUAAUUGCUGUGAACUAAUUUACAAUAUCAUUUAAAUUCUGAGAACAUAUGUAAAUUCAGUGCAAGUAUCUAACAACCAUGGAAAUUUAUUUCCUAAACAGUAUUGAUUAAUUGAUUAUAUUAUCUCCUAAGUUUAAUUAAAGUAGAAUUAUUUUAAAAGAGUGAAUCCAUACUGGUAAGUUAUAUUUUGAAAGAUGUUUUGAAGU